UUACAACACGCAUAGUGCAGUAGCUGUGUUCGUUUUUAUUCGUGUAUAAAAAAAAUUGAUAAGAUUCCUCGCUUAUCACAUAUAGUUGGUGUCGCCCCCCAUCUGCAAUCGUUGAAGACAAUUGAACUGUAGUUGGCUCUUAAGCGAACGACCGAUGAGGAGGCAGAAUUUUUGACUGCGUGGCCAAAAACAUUGAAACCAGUGAAAACAUGAACAACAACAACAAAGGCUGCUUAGCCCUCAUGUUGCUUCUGGCGGCAGCAACAACAAUCAAGGCCGAUGAAAAUGAAUCCUGCUAUUCGUUUGCUGGUGGUUCCGUUUAUCCUGCCGGUGAUCCCAAGGGCGAUCAUCAAUUGCAGUACACGAAAGCAGUUAUUUCGAAGCCAGCUCCUCCAUUCGAGGGGACCGCUGUUGUGAACAAGGAAAUUGUUCAACUAUCGCUCUCUCAAUAUCUGGGUAAAUACGUCGUACUGCUUUUCUACCCGCUGGACUUCACAUUCGUUUGCCCGACCGAAAUUAUCGCAUUCUCCGAUCGCAUUGCUGAGUUCCGUAAGAUCAACACUGAGGUGAUUGCGGCUAGCGUUGAUUCACACUUCACACACUUGGCCUGGAUCAAUACGCCACGUAAGGAAGGCGGCUUGGGCAGUGUUAAGAUUCCACUGUUGUCCGAUUUGACACACAAGAUUAGCAAGGACUAUGGAGUUUAUCUGGAGGCUAGUGGCCAUGCGUUGCGUGGUCUGUUCAUCAUCGAUCAGCGCGGCGUGCUGCGCCAGAUCACCAUGAACGAUCUGCCCGUGGGUCGCUCGGUGGAUGAGACUAUUCGUUUGGUUCAGGCCUUCCAGUACACUGAUACCCAUGGUGAAGUGUGUCCAGCUGGCUGGAAACCAGGCGCAGAUACCAUUGUGCCCAAUCCGGAGGAGAAGACCAAGUACUUUGCCAAGAACAAUUAAGCAGUGAAGUUGUUGCAAACUUAACAUUCCCAUCUUAAAAAUCGUAUCAUUAAUUAAUUACAUGACUGUUUGUAAAUAUAUGCCGCACACAAUUUGGUUUAUAUAAAAUAGAAUUUCUUUUAUUAUACAAUAAUUAUGUCAAGAAAAUACAGCAUAA